CGGAUAUAUAAAUCCAAAGCUCUGCUCACUAGAAACAAUUUAGUUUAAAAAUGAAUCGUUCACUACUCGCAUUGCUUUUCGUAACACUAGCGGCCGUUGUACAGUGCGGACUUGCUGCCAUCGGAGAUCGGUACGCUUUUGAACGAGUUCCUCCAUCGCCAAGAACGUGUAUCCAGGAUGGAUGCCUUCAGGGUAAAUAUCUCGACGGACUCGAAGGUGACCAAUUUGAAGCUUAUCUAGGGAUCCCGUUUGCGAAGCCACCAUUAGGAAAGCUUCGUUUUAAGAAUCCUGUUCAAAAUGAUCCCUGGACCGGAGACUACGAUGCCACGUGGGAACGUAGUUGUUGUCUCCAGAAAAAUGAUCUUCGCCCUCUCCAAACCAUACAGGGUGGCGAAGAUUGUCUGUAUCUGAACGUGUUUAGACCAAAAAAUAUAACAACCCCAUUGCCAGUCAUCUUUAACAUACAUGGCGGAGGAUACGCCUAUGGAGCUAGUUCAAUUGGAGAAUUCGGUCCAGAACGGUUCAUGGAUACUAAAAAGAUUAUUUUAGUAGUACCACAGUAUCGUUUGGGCGUGUUCGGGUUUCUCUCAACUGAAGAUCGUGUUGCUCCGGGAAAUUUCGGAAUGAAAGAUCAGGCGAUGGCGCUAAAAUGGACACGGGAUAAUAUUGGAUUCCUCGGCGGAAAUCCAAAUCUGAUCACCCUGAUUGGAGAGAGUGUGGGUGGAAGUUCGGUGCAGUUCCAUAUGAUGUCUCCACUGAGCAAAGGACUUUUUGCAAGAGCAGUCAGCAUGAGUGGGAGUGCAUUAAGCAAUUGGAAUUAUAACGUUGAUCAUUUAGCUUUGGCUCGACGACAAGCGGAAGUUGUUGGUGUUAAGAACCCAAAAAGCAUGACAACUGAGCAGCUUGUCGAUGAGCUCAGAAAGGUGGAUGCUCUCGAGCUGGCCAAGAGUAUCGACAUUUUGAAAUUCUUUUAUGUGCAUCCUAUAACACUAUACCAUCCUACUAUCGAGCGGUACGUAGAUCAGGAAACAUUCAUGAGCGAAGAUCCGAGAGACUUAUGGGCUGCUGGAAAAUACAGCCCUGUUCCAUAUACUGUGGGCUUUUUGCCGAAUGAAGGAGCGUACGCCUCUGCAAUUAUACUAACCAACAGAAGCUUACUGAACGAUUUGAAUGAACAUUCGUCCGACUAUAUUCCUCGGCUUGUAGGCGCAAAUCAUCCAACCAGUGUUCAAAUGAUUAAAAAUCGGUAUUUCCCAGACGGAUCAAACGAGCGUUGGCUCACGGAAAACAAUGUGGGAAAUUUACAAAAUCUUCUUUCCGAAGGCAUCAUAAUCCACGGUAUUGUACUAAGCGUGAAGCAGAUUAUUUCAUCGAAAAACAGCCAGAAAGCACCAUUGAGUGUUUACUUCUUCAACUUCAAAGGACCAUAUUCGAGAUCGUACUACAACAGUUAUACAUACGGCGACUUUGGAGUUUGUCACGCGGAUGAUUUGAUGUACAUUUUCAGAGCAUCCGAUUUUUUCCCUGAUUUUGAGCCUCAAUCUCCAGCCUGGCACAUGGCUAAGGUGUUUGUGGAUUAUUUCGUCACUAUUGCUUACAAUGGAACUGCUGGACCUCUUUGCACCGCUGAAAGCUGUCAAUUGUUAGAAUUUACCAACUCCGCUGACGAACAAAAGCCUGUAGAUCUAAAUCUUAUCAACGGAUUCGAUGAGGAUCAGUUUGCCUUUUGGUACAACGUCAAUGCAUUGCAAAGCUAUUGAUAUUCAAUCGAAUUCAAAUAACCUAAUGAGAAUUAAUAUACAUUUUUUCUGAUUGCAUGCAUCCGAUAAUAUUUAAAAAAAAGAUCUGAUAAUUCAUAGAAUACGAUUAUGAUUGCAAUGGCUCGCUGAUGACAG